UCGGGCUCAGAGAGAGCGUCUCAGGGGGGAGGGCAGGCGGCCGGGCCCCUCCCACUCUGCCUUUUGUCGCGUGUCCCGCCCCCGGGCCAGGCAGCCGGCGCCGAGCCACCGGCGAGUGUGCGCAGAAACUUCGGCCACCGACGGCGGUGCCCGAGGACCGCUGCUGACCCGCCGGCGCCAUGCGCGCCCUGCCCGACCUGCGGGGGCUCCGGGAGCCGCCGCCGCUGCUGCCGCGGCUGCUCCUCUUGUGCCUUCUCGCUGCGGUGCGCCGGAGCUGGGCGGACGGCAAUACCACAGCUUCACCUCUUACAAGUCUACCCAUCCGAGAAGAAAUGAUGACAAAAUAUUCUAACCUUUCCUUGGAGAGUCAUAACAUAUCACUGACUGCUUCACCUCUUACAAGUCUACCAAUCCGAGAAGAAAUGACAACAAAAUAUUCUAACCUUUCCUUGGAGAGACAUAAAUUUAACGUAUCACUGACUGAACAUUCCAGUGUGCCUGUGGAAAAAAAUAUCACAUUAGAACGACCAUCUGAUAUAGAACUCACAUGCCAAUUCACAACAUCUGGGAAUGUGAAUUCAAUAAAUCCGACUUGGAAAAAAGGUGAUGAACAACUUAAGGGUUAUCGCGUCACUGCCACAGGAAAUAUCCUGUAUACCCAGUACAGGUUUAUCAUCGAUAGUAACAAACAAAUGGGAAGCUAUUCUUGUUUCUUUGAAGAGGAAAAGAAACAAAGGGGCACAUUUAAUUUCAGAGUCCCUGAAGUUCAAGGAAAAAACAAGCCAUUGAUCACAUACGUGGGGGAUUCAACUGUCUUGAUAUGUAAAUGUCAACACUGUUCUCCUUUAAAUUGGACCUGGUACAGUAGUAAUGAAAGUGUACAGGUUCCUGUUGAUGUUCGCAUGAAUGAUAAGUAUGCGAUCAAUGGAACAAACGCCAAUGAAACAAGGCUCAGGAUAAUGCAACUUUCAGAAGCCGAUAAGGGAUCUUACUGGUGCCAUGCAGUGUUCGAGUUGGGCGAGAGCCAAGAACGCGUGGAACUUGUUGUGCUGAGUUAUUUGGUGCCCCUCAAGCCAUUUCUUGGAAUAGUUGCUGAAGUUGUUCUUUUAGUGUCUGUUAUUCUGUUUUGUGAAAUGUACACCCAGAAGAAAAAGAUGCACACAGAUGAUGGGAAAGAAUUUGAACAAGCUGUACAGUUGAAAUCAGACGAUAGCAACGGCAUAGAAAAUAAUGCCCCCAGGAACAGAAAAAAUGAAUCUAUGAGCCAGUGAAUGAGAAACAUCAUGUCAAGAGUCAUGGGAAGAUGUACAGUUUGUACUUCAGCUUUGUUUAUGUUUCCUGUUAAGAACAUCUGAGUUUUUAUUUUUAAAAGGAUGACAAGUUUAUGCAAUAUGCUCAGCAGUAGCUUUGUAAUAAUAUAUGCUAUCUCAGAUCUAAAGAUAUAUUUUCCUUCUGUAAUAUUUUACAUUAAACAAGGUAAAUUAUAUUAAAUAUGUUCUAUGAGCUAUAACCCAGGAUAGUUAAUUUCAUCUUGGUCAUCAGGGGACGCACAGAAGAGAUACCAGCAAAACCAGGUAAUACUACAUAGAACUAAUGUCGUUCAAGACCUGUUUAUAACCAAAGAAUUCAUUAAAGAGAAAACUUUUGCCAUUUGCCUUAAAAAGUUUUUUUUUCCUCCAAUCAUGCUUACUAUGUUUAGAAAUAUUUGUAAUAAUUUUCAUGUAAUGUUCUCCCUCUGUCAUAUUGGAUAAAAACAUCUUCACUAGGAAAUGAAUACUUUCUGCCUUUGCUGAUGAUUUAUAAUCUCCACAAGAAGGACAUACUUUUCCUCCACAAAUACUGGUUUAAGGAAAGGAACUAUAACCACAUACUUGCCCCAAAUCUCCCAUCACCACAAAAGCGUGUUUCCCACCCUUUGUUCUCCUCAUCUCCACUGCUUUCACACACCAGGCAAAAAUGACUUUUAGUCUUUAUGUAGAGCAUUUUUUAAAUGCCGUGGGUUUCGGAUUUCGUAAGUUGCACCUGGUGUUGAUGCUGUGGGUACAGGUCCAUGUAGUCAUAAUAUAGCCCUGCUACAGGGAUGCUUCUGUGGUUCAUGGUUUCCUGGUAUCUUUGAUUUGAUAUCUGGUGUCCUGAUACCCAUGGGUGGCUAAAUAUCUAAAAAUGCAUUAUUAGUGCUUUAUAGUCAUGAUUCCUUUGUUUGAAAUCCAGAAGUACUGAAGUACUUCUGUGUUGCAAAUGCCUUAGAAUUUUCUUCAAAACUAGGAUAAUUUCUAUUGCAUAUAUAACUGAAACAUUUUGUAAAAUCACUGUAACCAACGCAAAUGAAAUGCUAAUAGGCACGAAACAUUGUCAGUGGCUCUGAGUAGACUAUUAAAAUCAUACUACAGUAUACUCGAUUGGGUUGAAGACAAUGAUGUGAAGCCUGCUGGGUGUCCUUAGUGCUGGUGGGUCCAGUAUAGCAGAGUUCAGAAUAAUCAGAAGCUAAAGUGGAAGAGUUUGGGAUGGUGGCAAGGAGCCCACAAUUUUUGGUGACUAGGAGUUCAACAUUUGGAGAAGAGGAGUUCAAUGAUUUGGGGAAAAAAUACCCUAUAGAAAUGUACACUAUGUACUGGCUGAGAAAAUAAUAAAAUUGUGGUAAUGAAAGUUGUAAUUUAUACAACAUCUUAACUAAUGUUAAAAAAAUAUUACUAAUAGGAAUAAUACACAUGAAGUGGUGACUUGGAAGCUGCCCAUUAUUUUGUUGCAGCACUCUUUUGUGAAAAACGUGUUAACUAUACCUGCACAUUUUAUUGAACUAGAAUAUAAUCCUUAAGAUGUACUGUAUGGAGACUAACAUAAUAUAAUAAAAAAACAUUUAAAAAAAAA